AUGCGUUUCUCUAGCCUUGCCGUGGCUGCGGCCUCUCUUGGAGUCUCAUCGGCCCGUGUCAUCCAGGCGAGACACUCCGAUGAGACCUGCUCCAAUCUCGUUGCUACCGGUGAAGUGUUGCACACUUCUCUUCACAUCGUCGAAUUUCCUGUUAUUGUCGACGUCCUGCUGGAGGAGGAUACUGUUGUCACUAUUGAUAACACUAUUCUGAUCGAGUGCACCAACGCCCCCACUCACUUGCACACGACUGUCUAUGCUACCACUACCGAGACCAUCACUAAGACUAUCUCUACUGCCACAAUCUCUGCCGAUGGUGGCGCCGCCCCCACCGUGGCCGAUUCCACUAUCUUUGGACAGGAUGGCGAUCGCACUGUUACUACCAAGAUUGGUACCAAGAUAGCUGGAUCGAACCCUAACUCUGAGAAUACCGCCACUGCUUCCAUCAAAACGACUGACAAUGAGAAUACCGCCGCCACUUCCACCUCCACCAAAACACUGCCCCCCGUUGCCGGUGGAUCGGCAGUGGGCUCUGGUAUCAACACCGAUCUAUACACCGCAUCGACCUCGAACCCUGCCGUUCGCACUGUGACUUCUACCGGUUACAUUCACGGAAGCAGCGUCACCAAGGUCUUUACUCAGACUGCCACGUCUGCCACUGCCACCGCUACCCUUGCUGCUGGAGAGUUCACCGACUGGACCUCGUACAAGGCGAACGGCGUUAACCUUGGCGGCUGGCUGGAGCAAGAGCAGGUCUUUGACCAGUACUGGUGGGACCAACAUGCCCCCAAUGCCAGCGACGAAUGGACAUUCUGUGAAACACUGGGCGAUAAGUGUGGUUCUGUUUUGGAACAGCGCUAUGCCACCUACAUCACAACUGACGAUAUUGACAAGGUUGCGGCCGUUGGCGUCAACACUCUCCGUAUCCCAACCACAUACGCAGCAUGGAUCAAGGUUCCCGGAUCCGCCCUGUAUCAUGGCAACCAAAAGGAUUGGCUGAAGAAGAUCUCCACCUAUGCCAUCGAGAAGUACAACAUGCGCGUUGUCGUUGGCUUGCACUCUCUCCCAGGCGGUGUCAACUCCCUUGACAUCGGAGAAAAGGCCGGAAAUGAUGGCUGGUUCCAAAACAACACCAACCUGAAAUACUCCUACGAUGCAGUUGAUCAGGUCCUUCAGUUCUUCGUUGAUACUGGAUACCCCUGGGCCUUCACUCUUUCCCAUCUCAACGAGGCUUCUGACAACCCCUCGGCUUUUGCGUCGCCCAACACAUUGACCAACAACGGUACAAACUGGAUCGUCAAGUAUACCCGUGGAGUCCUGGAUCGUAUUGCCCGCGUUGACAAGCGUAUUCCCCUGAUGAUGCAGGAUUGCUUCCUCGGUGAGGAGCAUUGGUCCCCUUACUUCCCUGCCAAGACGAACCUGGUCAUUGACACCCAUGUGUACUACUUCGCUGCCUCUGGCGUCUACUCGCAGUGGGCCAACGGUGCCAUCUGUGGCCAAGCUUCUGUCGUCGGUGGUGAUGGAAAGUUCCCAGUUUAUAUUGGUGAAUGGGCCCUGCAAACUCUCUACAGCAAUACCUUCAAGAACCGUAUGAGCCUGUUCAACACUCAGCGUUAUGCCUGGUCCCACUAUGCUUCAGGUGGCUCUUUCUGGAACAUCAAGCACAACAGCAGCGCUGCUGUUGACGGCCAGGGCACUCAGAGGGAUUACUGGUCCUACGAGCGUCUUAUUGAUGCUGGUGUUAUCCACAAGCCGCUCUCUAAUACUACCUACUGCUGA